AAUACUUUCUACGCUUAUUUGUGCUGAAAAGAAGGAGGAGGAGCAGGAGCAAAACACUUUUCGGGCUGAAAAAUCAUCUGCCGACAACAUUGAUUUUAAGAUCAUGACGAUUUUAUCUAAGGAAUAGCACAAUAAGCCCUUAUCUGACCUUGGUACCCAUCAACAAAUUGAAUAAUGGAGGGCAAGGUGGGCGUUGGCUGGAUAGUGCUAGGCCUUGCCCUCUUCCUCACAACGUUUGGACUCAGCUACCCUCUGGUUCUCCUUACAUCCUUCCUAGCUUUUGCUCUUGGGGGCUUAUGGAUCGUGUACAGAGGACCGGGGGCUUUGGACUCGACAGCCAUCUUGAAUUCAAUCAGCUCAGCUACCCAGCUUCGUGAAGAGAGUAUCGGAGCAAGACAGAUUGUUGGUGAGAUGCAAGUUAAGCCAAGGCGGUAUAAAAGUGACAAGAGGCUUACUGGAGCUAGUAUCAUCGAUGAUCAACUCCAAGAGGUUGUGUUGCUAACUCUACGUGACUACAUCCAUCCUUGGUAUCAUAAACUUAGCAACGACGAUCAGUUCACACACGAAAUACGACAAGUCAUCCAGAACGCCAUCAUAUCGGUUGCUACAAAAUCUAAAGAUGUGGAUUGGCUGACCUAUUUUACCAGGAAGUUGGUGGAUGAUGUCGCCUCUCACGUCAGACUUUUCAGGAAUUCUCAGGAUAAACUCAAGGCCAUCAUCAGAUCAGAAGAAUCAAUGGCGCCUCCACCUGACCUGGAGUCCCUCUUCUUUGAUCUGGAAAUUGAAAUGGAGAAUGGGAUCUGCCGAGAUCUUGUUUGCACAUCGGAAGAAAAAGAAGCGGAAUAUCUUCGAGCUAUAUCUGAAAUCUUAUUAUUCCUGCUGAUUCCGGACCGCGAGUUCCACAGCAAGCCGUUUUGCUUCGUGCUUCGGGAGGUGAUAGCCAAUGGAAUGAUCAAGUCGAUGAUUGAGCAGCUUACGGAUCCGGAUUAUAUUAACCAAACGAUUAUAUGGAUCUGCAAAGACAGUACUUUUACAACAGAAGCCUUUCUACUUACGAUAAAAACUGCUGCAAACAUUGACGAGCUGGAGGCCAUGAUCGGCAUCGUCGACCAUGAGAUAUACAAGCAACGAUCUCGAGACACAAAUAGACUCAUGAAAGAUGAAGGUGUAGAUGCUAAGACGCAGCUGAAGAGUUUACAGUUCUUGAGACAGAUGUGUUCAGAUACAAUCAACAGGAUUCUCUCUGGUGAAGAUUUAGAUGCAGCAGAUGAGGUGGACGAUGAAGAUCAGACGUUAGAUCCCAAGACUCUCUACUCGUUACCUCUCAAUAUUGUACUGGUCAACAGCAUAGCACUUGCCUACUUCAUUGAUUUCAUGAGAAAAGAGAACUGCCAAUCCUACGUCUUCUUCUGGCACACGGUGGAGGGAUACCGGGUGAUGGCCGAACAACAACUCUCCGCCGUCCAGCUGUCCAAAGUCCAACCGGCCGAUGGUGCACCUCAGAAGGAAUCGGACGUCAUGGAGAUGCUUCGUGCCGCUGCCCUGAAUAUCUUUACAGAGUACCUUGCAGAAGAUGCAACCAACCGAGUGAAACUAGAAGGUCAGCUGGUCAAGAGAACUCACCAAAGAAUACAAAACCAGUCCUCACUGGAUACUGUCUUUGAUGAGGCUCAGAAAAGGGUGUUCAGUAUAUUAGAAGAGGAUCGUUUCUUGCCUGCCUUUAAGCAGAGUCCCAGCUAUGUGAAGUGUCUGGCUGAACUAGACCUUCUGAAAGACGACGACUCUAAUCGUUUAGGAGAUGACGCUUCCGUCCAGCUUGAUUCGUCGCCCGACAACAGUACUGUGGCUUCUUCUGAAGACCUAUCGUCUUUAGGUAGCCAGGGAUCGAUAGAGCAUCUGAAUGAUCUUGAGACUCCUGGUCACAUAGACAACAGCAAACCACACAUCAUGGCAUACAUCACUCAUGCAAGUAUCGUCAAGGAGAAAGGCAAAUCCUACGCUGUCUACGCAAUCCACGUCACAAGGACGGACAGCCAGGGUGUGACGGAGAUCUGGGAUGUCUUCAGGCGAUACAGCGACUUCCACGACCUUCACAUGUGCCUCGUGGAAAAAUACGAGACGCUUCGGACCCUCCUCCUGCCGGGGAAACGUGCUUUCAAGAACACCAACAAGAGCUUCUUAGAGAAGAGGGCUAAGUCGCUUACGCAAUAUCUUCAGACUCUUUUAAAUCAAGAUGUUCUGACCAGCAAUCCUGGUCUGCAGAGCAUUAUCUGUAACUUUCUGGAACCGGGUGUCUAUCAUCGAGGCAAAGGUCUUCUGGCAAGACGGAUGGACCAUUUCGUCAACCCUUUGAAGACUGGCGUUCGUAACGUGGCCCACACAGUCAAAUCCGUCCCGGGCAACCUCGUUGAUGGUGUUGCCAUGGUUUCAGAUAAGAUGUCUGAUACCGUGAAUAAAGUUUUUAAGCCUCCGAAGCAAUUGCAAGAUAUCGGGAGGGUAUCAUCUGUAAUCAGUUCUUCGGAUGAUGACAACAUUCCAUUAAGAGUCAUGCUGCUGCUGGUCGACGAAGUCUUUGACCUGAAGAACCGUGAUCAGUGGUUACGUCGACAGGUCGUCACUCUCCUCCGGCAGAUCAUCAAGGCAGCGUUUGGCACCAAGAUAAACUCCAGGAUCAUCGAAGGGGUGGAAACGAUCACUUCGCCAGCUCAUGUAGCCGAACUUGUGAAACGUUUCAAGGAGUCUUUCUGGCCUGGUGGUGUUCUAGCAGAGGUGCCUGAACCUAGAGAUGAAGCUACUAAACUCAGGACAAGGGUUGCUGCAAAGGCUGAAUUGUUCGGCAGUGUGCCAGAUGACUUGAAGAACUUCAUCGGCUCUGAGACGACGCGACGCGGGAUGCUGAGGACAUUCAACAUGCUCCAGAACCAGACGCUCAACAAACGACUCUUUUACGUGUUCCUGGAGAACCUUCUCCUCACGCUCUUCCCGGAGAACAAGUUUGGCGAGAUCUUCCACAAGCUCCACUCGCAGUCGCCAAGAAUACGAGCCCGCAAGGAGAAGUUGCAUGAACAACAGAGGGCGGCACAGCAGCAUGAGAUGCGCAGCAGACGAAGGGACGUCAGGUGACACAGGGCGAAUGCUGCGAGAAUCGACCAUCUGAUUUCUGUAGCUUGACUUUCGCACGUGUGAGGCUGGAAGAUGUAAGGUGUUACCAAAGCCUGCUUUCAUGAUGCUGUCCCAAGGUCUAUUUCGUAGGCAUUCUGUAGAAUCGCGUGGUUUAAUGGGGAAAUCAGAGAGCCGAUCUUGCGAUCAGGUUUAAGACCACGCCCUCAAAUUGUGUUGGGCGUUUUGAUUGGUCUCUCAUCCUCAGGAAUCUGAUCCAAAUAAUACAGACAAUCUGUUUGAGUGUUCACAACAUGCUCUCUGCUUUAACUUUGUGGACAGCCCAGUUAUUAACCACACAUUGUAUGGGAUGUCCAUGAACUUGGGACUUAUAAGGUCUUGUGAAACAAGGUCCACAUAUCUUUCAAGGUCAUUUCUCUGCACAUUGAUCUGUUUGGGCAUUGUCCAUAUCUCAAAGCCAAAGACACUUAUUGAUUAUCUUCUUCACCAAAUGUGAUGACAUAUUAUUACCAUCACAUGUUUGUUUUUUAACUUGUUGGAUUUGAAUGGAAAGUAGCAAAACCUAUACCUCACUCACACAAUGGCAACAGAUUAUAGAUUGAACCACGGCAUAGAGUGGAUAUAUUUGAUCAAAUUUAUGUUUUAAAAGUCAUUCAAAGGACAUCAAUCAGUUCUCCCCACAAAAAAUCUUUAGAAUGAUUUUGAUGAAAAUUAUUAGCAGAUUGAGCACUUCAAUAAAUUGCAUUAAUAUUAUACAAAAUAUGGAGGGAGCAGAAUUGGUAACUCUCGUAUUUUCUUUGCAAGUGCAUAUUGAACCAAAUUAGAGUAACUCCAUUCUUAACAAUAAUGAUGAUAUUUUGAAAAUUGGUACACAUAUACAUGUAGAUGUAUCAUCUAGCUGUCGGAGGAGCAUUUACAUAGCUGCUUUCAAAUGCGCAGGCCUUACAAGAGUUUCUCAUAUCAGAAUGAAGUCGUUCAAGGUUCAGCCAUGUUAUUGAGGUAUGAGAUGUAGUGAAGAUUGCAAUGUCCUGCAUUUCUCAGUGUUGCAAAGUUUCUUUCACCGACACAAGCAUUUAAACAACUUCAGAAGUUUGAUUUUUCACGCUUUGAGGCACGACUCAGUUCUCGUAAAGCGUCGCCUUUCUUAUCAGGAUAAUUUUCUCUGCCGUGUUGCGGGUGUGUGACAAAUGUAAGUGGGAGUGUGUGACAUCAUUUGUGCAUGUGGGCGUGGGUGUGGGAAAAUAUUUGUGUGGGUGAGUGUUGUGCAAAUGAGAAGGUGUUGAUUGAUUCUUUCAAGAUGAUAAUGCGUUCUAUAGUUUCUUCUCCCACUUCCUACAUUUAACAGAUGUAACUAAAAGGGACCUGUAUAUAAAGACCACCAUAUGGACACCUGUGGUCUUUAUGAGAAGGUGGACAUGUUUUAUUGUAAAAAAAAAAAAAAACUUUCUUCCUAUAUCAGCGCAUAAUUCAUAUUUUGUUAGGCAUGCUUGAAGAUCCCAAGUUAGAAAUUACCAUAAACAAACAGAACCCACAAUAAAUCGGUCUAUAUCUAUUACAUGUAGACCUGUGGUAGCUUAAGCAGAUACAUGUAUCACCAUAUUGGUCUUGUAAGUUUAAAACUCAUUAUUUUCAUUUGUUGGGCGAUGUAACUAACAUUGAUCUCCUGCAAUUUACCAUUGUCAAGCAAGCUUUGUACAUGUAUCAUGUACAUGUAUUUUACUGUUAUUCAUAAUAAUAUGGGAGUCCAAGAUAUAUCAACUGGAGUUGAUAUACUUCACACUUGAUAUAUAUCCCCAAAACCAUAGUAAAAAAGAGUGACGUUCUGUGUUUUUGCCGAGGCAGAUUUUGUGGUGGAUUUUGAUGAGGCAUUUUCUUCUUUCGUCAACCUCAGUGAACAAGUCUUUGUGGAUUGUUGAUUAUUGGAUGGAACUUUGUUAAUUAUUGGAUCAAUGUGCAAUCAUGUGAAUCAUUGAAAUAUACUUGCGUGAUUCUUUCAAUUCUACUGCUGUUAAUAUGAUAUAUGAUGACUGAUUGUGAUGUUGACCGCUGACAGGAAUAUUGAACUCUUUCAAUUAUUUGAAGCCAGUCUAGGGAUGUACGUUGCACCGCUCAAACAAAUCUUGGUACCCUACUUGCCCGUAGAAGUCUUUAGUUCUACACGAUACAGAAUGUAGUUCACAAUAUCCAAAUAAUGUUAAGUUAUUUCAGGAGAAACCACUCUGGCCCGAAUUCACAAAGGUAGUUUUUAAAACCACAGGUUGAAUCCAUGGUCUAUGCAGAUUUCCUGUAUAAAUUACGCUGAUUUACCACUUAUAUUAA